AUGCCGCAGAAGCUCACAAACCAACUCGGAAACCGGCAGGUCUUCUUCGCCUUCGAAGUAAUCUACACCCUCUCCAUCUCCGCCCUCAAAGCCUCCAUCCUCUUCUUCUACAUCCGCGUCUUCAGCAUGGUCAGCCGCACCUUCAGCCUCGUCCUCUGGCUCACCCAGACCUUCAACUUCCUGUUCUGCCUCGCCUUCACCGUCGCGAACCUGAACCAGUGCCGCCCCUUCAGCAACGCCUGGGAGGCCUGGGACGGCCGCCACCCGGGGUACUGUAUCAAUGUCUACGCCAUGUUCAUCGCGCACGCGGCGAUCAAUAUCGCGCUCGACGUGUGGAUGUUGGGGUUGCCCGUCACGCAGGUGCUGUGGUUGAAUUUGAGAAAGAGGCAAAAGGUGGAGAUUGUCGUCAUGUUUUCGUUGGGUGUUGUCAUCACAAUCGUCAGCGCAAUCCGUCUAAAAGUCCUCCUAAGCCUCGAAGGCUUCCAAGACCCAACCUACGACGCGUUCUACCUCCACAUGUGGUCCUACAUCGAACUCUCCGUCGGCAUCAUCGUCGCAUGCCUCCCCUCAACCCGCCAACUCUGGCGCCAUCUCGUCCCCAAACUCCUCCGUCUCGUCGGGCUGGGAAGUCCCAAACACCACCACAACCGCCACCACGGCCAUGAAAGGCCGGGUGACUCAGCAAAGAAGCUUCGCGACAUUUUAUUUAUGAGUACGAACACAGGAGGUGGUGGAGGAGAAGAGGGAGGUGAGGAGGAGCAUUCGUCGUCGUCGGCGGGACCUUCAAGUCCGAGUGGAUCGUCGACUCGUCGUCAGGAGGUACACUGUAAUUUGUAA